GAUACUCCGCUUCUUUCAAAAACCGGUGACUUUAUACUUGGAGGAAUUUUUACAUUUCAUAGUAACAUUGAAUACUCUAAAGCCACCUUUACAUCUAUGCCGCAAGCACUGAGCUGCAAAGAUUUAAAUUACAGAGAAUAUCAGUUUGCUGAAGCCAUGAUCUUUGCAGUUGAAGAAAUAAACGACAGAACAGAUAUUUUGCCAAAUGUAAUUUUGGGUUAUAAGAUAUAUGAUGCUUGUGGUUCUGUUUCUUUGGCAAUCAAAGUUGCAAUGGCACUAAUGAGUGGAGCAGGAGAAGCAGAAUCAUCAACUCUGCCGUGUUCUCAACAGUCUAGCAUUCAUGCAAUCAUAGGACAGUCUGGCUCUUCUCCAACUAUUGGGAUUGCAACAGUUGUUGGUCAGUUUAACAUACCAGUGAUCAGUCAUUUUGCUACUUGUGCUUGUCUCAGCAACAGAAGAAAAUUUCCCACUUUUUUUAGGACAAUACCAAGUGAUUAUUAUCAAAGCAGAGCACUGGCACAACUUGUCAAGCACUUUGGAUGGACCUGGGUGGGAACAAUACGAAGUGACAAUGACUAUGGCAAUUCUGGCAUGGCUACUUUUAUCCAAGCAGCCCAGCUGGAAGGUAUCUGCAUUGAAUAUUCAGAGGCAAUAUACCGGACCAAUCCAAGAGAAAAAUUUCUGAAAACAGUUGAAAUAAUUAAAAUGGCAUCUUCAAAAAUUGUUGUUGCUUUUACAUCUGCUAUAGAUAUGGAAUUUUUACUAAAGGAACUGGUACUUCAGAAUGUUAUCGGUUUACAGUGGGUAGGCAGUGAAUCUUGGGUUUCUGCCAUAAACCUAGCAAAUAAAGAAACAUAUGGCAUUCUUAAAGGGUCGAUUGGUUUUUCAAUUGCUAAUGCAGAAAUACCAGGGCUAAAAGAAUUUUUAAUGAAAGUUAAGCCAACAUCUACUCUAGGUAAUGAUGGUUUAGUAGAAUUUUGGGAGAAUAUUUUUGACUGUACUUUUAAUAAUUCAAAUUCUAAGAUGUGCACAGGAAAAGAGAAUCUGCAUGAAAUAAGCAAUUUGUACACUGAUAUCACUGAAUUAAGAAUAACAUAUAAUGUUUACAAAGCAGUAUAUGCAGUAGCAUAUGCACUCCAUGAUGUCUUUACAUGCCUCAAUAACCAGGGAGCUUGUUUGGAUAUCCAAAGAGAUACACAGCCACAGCAGGUACUAAAAUACUUAAAAGAGGUUAAUUUCACCAUGAAAAAUGGAGAUGGUAUCAAUUUUGACAUUAAUGGAGAUCCACCUGCAAGAUAUGAACUAGUGAAUUGGCAGCUUAGCGUACAUGGAAUCAUAGAUUUUGUGACUGUUGGAUUAUAUGAUGCAUCAUUACCAAAUGGAAAGCAGUUUAUAAUGAAUAACAGCAUUGUGUGGGCUAGUGAUGAUAAGAUUCCAAAAUCUGUAUGCAGUGAAAGCUGCCCUACUGGCACACGGAAGGCUAUACAGAAAGGCAAACCAGCAUGCUGCUUUGAUUGCAUACCUUGUGCAGAGGGAGAAAUUAGCAACAUUACAGAUUCAAUUCACUGCUUGAAGUGUCCUUUGGAUUACAAGACCAAUGAACAAAAGGACCAGUGCAUUAUGAAGGACACAGAAUUUUUAUCUUAUGAAGAAAUCAUGGGGAAAAUUUUAAUAAUAUUUUCUUUGCUGGGUGUUUUCUUAACAUUAGCAAUAAUUGCUAUAUUUUUCAAGUUCAGAGAUACUCCUAUUGUAAAGGCUAAUAAUUCUGAACUAAGUUUUCUUCUUCUUUUUUCAUUGACGCUGUGUUUUCUGUGCUCACUUACAUUUAUUGGGGAGCCCACUGAGUGGUCCUGCAUGUUACGACACACAGCCUUUGGGAUCACAUUUGUCCUGUGCAUUUCAUGUGUUCUGGGAAAAACAAUAGUUGUACUGAUGGCAUUCAGAGCGACAAGGCCAGGAAGUAAUAUAAUGAAAUACUUUGGACCAACACAACAGCGUAUCAGUGUUCUAAUUUUCACUCUUAUUCAGGCAAUAAUCUGUAUUAUAUGGUUAGCAGAAUCUCCUCCUUUUCCAAAGAAAAAUAUGAAAUCUAAUAAGGAAAGAAUUAUUUUAGAGUGUGACAUUGGGUCAAUAAUUGCAUUUUAUGUUGUGCUUGGAUAUAUUGGCCUGUUAUCAGUCCUGUGCUUUGUUUUGGCUUUUCUUGCCCGGAAAUUACCAGACAAGUUUAAUGAGGCAAAAUUCAUCACAUUCAGUAUGCUUGUAUUUUGUGCUGUUUGGAUCACGUUUAUUCCCUCUUAUAUCAGCUCUCGAAAGUAUACAGUAGCAGUAGAGGUAUUUACUAUUCUGGCAUCAAGUUUUGGUUUACUUCUCUGUAUUUUUGCUCCAAAAUGUUAUCUCAUACUGUUAAAGCCACGUAAAAAUUCAAAAAAAUAUUUAAUGGGUAAACAGCCAAGCAAUAAUGGGAGGCAAGGAGAGCUAGCAAAUGACCAAGCAAGCUUAAAUUAUAGAGGAUAUCAGUUUGCUGAAGCAAUGAUCUUUGCAAUUGAGGAAAUAAACAACAGAACAGAUAUUUUGCCUAAUGUGUCACUAGGAUAUAAGAUAUAUGAUGCUUGUGGUACUGUUUCUUUGGCAAUCAAAGCUGCAAUGGCACUAAUAAGUGGAGAUGGAGAAGCAGAGUCAUCAACGUUGUCAUGUCCUCAACAGUCUAGCAUUCAUGCGAUCAUAGGGGAGUCUGCAUCUUCCCCAACUAUUGGUAUUUCUACGCUUGUUGGCCAAUUUAAUAUUCCAGUGGCACUGCAAUACUUGCAGAAGGUUAAUUUCAGUGUAAAUAAUGGUGAAUAUGUAAAUUUUGACAUUAAUGGAGAUCCUCCUGCAAGAUAUGAAUUGGUGAAUUGGCAGCUUAGCGUAAAUGGAAUCAUAGAGUUUGUGACAAUUGGAUUUUAUGAUGCAUCUUCACCGGAAGGAAAAUUCCAAAAUCGGUAUGCAGUGAAAGCUGUCAUCCUGGUACCACGUAAAGCUACGCUUAAAGAGGGAAACCAGUCUGUUGUUUUGAUUGUCUUCCAUGUGCAGAAGGAGAAAUUAGCAAUAUCACAG